AAUGUGAUACGUUUCUAAUUGCCCCAACCAUAAAGAAUGGCAUCUUUCAAGUUCGAACUGGUGAUGUUGUACAAGUGAAAAAUAUUACUCAGUCGUCUAACAAUGAUAAUAUUGUGCUAGAAGGUCAAAUUAUUUUUAUCACUGACGAAUUUAGUUCCCCGUGUCUGUCAUCAAAGUUGGGAAUUUAUACUUCAAAUUUAAACGAAAUAAUAAGUGACACAAUAUGUCUUUCUAUUUCAGACAUUAAAAGUAAGUGUGUGUGUAUGCCAAAAUCUCGUGAUUCGUAUAUUGUGUUCCCGUUGUUACAUACACAACCCAAAAAAUGAGUCGCUUCGCUAUUGUCAAAUUCCCAAAAGAAAAUAAUGCCGUCGCAGUAGUCCCUAAAUCAUGGUUGAAGGACGAUUGUUGUUAUUGGCCGCCCAGAGGAGCUGACUCAGGCAAAAUGGCGAAAAAAGAUACAGCUCCAGAUACUGAUAAGUGGUCAAAAUGUGAAGCGAUUGUGAUACAAUAUUUUGACGACUAUAAGGAUGCCAGAAAAAAUUUGAAUCCAGCAACAAUUUCAUCCGAUCUGGAUUCCAAUGACUCAGUCCGUAAGGAAAAGCCGACCCAUGAACUUCCCCUCCCGGAUUUAGAUGAGGACGUUAACGGACAAGAUGACAUGGGAGGAAAUUCAUUAAUUGCUAAUGACGAUCAUCAGGGGGGGUCAUCUUCAUUUGUUUAUAUUAUUGACGUGCAAAAGGAAGAGAAAUCAACUCAAACCGCAGAAUUUCAAGAUACUGAAAAGCUUUUCUCGCGAAUAGAUGCCAUUGAUUUGAAACUAAAGGAAAUCAUUCAGAUGCUAGUACCAAUUUUAGCUAGUAAACAAGUUCCAAUUUCUGCAGAAGCUUGCCCAGAAAUAAAUAGCCUAAAUUUUCCAUUAAAAUCAGAGGAAGAAUUAACUAACUUUUCCGAGCUUUUGCUUUCAAUUUCCCAAGCUGCACCAACUAUGAUUGAAAAAUUAAAAUCUGCUGGUGGAUCUGAAGUGGCUACCGUGGUCGAGAGUAUUCUCAAGAAGCUGAUGACUGAUGAGUUGCAAGCUAAGUAUAGUCUUUACGGAGCAAAGGGAAAGAACUCUUUGGUGAAAGUUAAGGGGUUAAGACAACUCAUUAAAGAUGCGGUGGCAGCUCACCCUAGGACUCCAAAUUAUCCAGACGAGGGCACAGUUGACGAGGAAAUACAAAAAUCCCUUAAGAAAGUCGCAGAUAGAGUUGGGAAGCGUAUGAGGAAGUGACUUGACGUCGAGGCAAAUUUCACGACCCGGGUCAUCUGAUUAUUCAACUUAUAUUAAUUUUAAUACAACCAUGUCAGGCCAAAAUGAAACAUGUUUUUUUUCUGAUAGGGGCGAUCAAUCUUUUGAUGACACACUCUUUCAAAUAUAUAAAGCCCAAAAUUCAUCGUCUUGGUGGAAGCGAAUAGAUUUGAGACGCUCCCAUUUUUGUCGAUUCCCACCCAUUUUUAUGUAUUUUAUUGGCAAUUUUUCUUGGGUUUGAAUUUAUAUUUUGAACGAAGGUCAUUUUUACUCACAUGAGUGAGUAGAACUUUACACGAUUGACGCUUCGAGGUCAGCGGAGAAGUAGUUUUCAUCAUCCAUGACGUCAAAUUUCUGGGAGUCGAUUUUAACAUUUUCUCAACAAGUUUUCCACAAAUUGCUUUGGCUCAUCCUUUUUUAACUUCAUUGUAUUUUGGCGCGGUUUUUGUUUUGUAAGUUUUGAAGCCCACCUUAUUGGGUUUGAUCUUGCUAAGAUAGAUAAGUUUCUGAAAUUUUUACUUGUCUGGGUGUGACCCUCACGGAUAUGUUGGGGUUGCCUCCAAAAGAUUUUUUCACGUUUCUCGUCAGUAUAUCGGUCUAAUGGCGGACAGUUUGACCGAUAAUUCCAACUUUAUGGUCAACAUUGCUUUGUGGGCGGAUGGAAAGAGGGGCUUCACGGUGGGGUCACCCUACAAGAAAUUGAGCCAGGAUAUCUUGCACGUUGUGGAGAAGCAUUUAAUCGAGGAGGGAUUUCAAAAGGAAUAUUUCGUCUAUUUGGAUUACGACCUGUGUUGAAGUGAUCAUGAUUGUUUUUUAUGCAAAAAUUGUUGUUCUAGUUCGAUUACUUAGGUUUUGGCAUUUCAAGUCAUCAACUUGUUAAUCAACACAAAAAUAUUUGACUAAAUUAAAUCCAAAAUUUAAACAAUUGUCAACAAUUGACAAACCUGGUCCAGUCUGAAGCCAAGCAUUUGGAAAAUAUGGUAAUAAAAAAAGACAUGAACUUUCAA